AAAAUCUCGAAUAAUGUUCGAUAACUGUUUUAAAACAUGAAAAAUGAAAUGUUUACAUAUAAAUAUAAGAAAAGCAACGUUUAUUCUGAUCACUGUGUUAAUAAAUCAAACAUACAUGGAAGACUUAGCUCGUUCUUCCGCACAGAAUAAAAGAAUUGAUUAUAUAUCUAGCGCAUUACCUAAAACAAACGAUUUAAUCCUCAAUUGCCCCUCGAACAAUGACUGCGAUAAGUUAAACGCCACUUGCAUAAGCUGCAAUUUAAACGAAGACUGCAUUUACGGAACAACAGUUAACACGAUGUGUCAACCAGAGAAGGGAGUCGAUUGUAACGGCGCAAAAUCCUUUCCCAAACAGUACACCUGCAGGUAUUGCUACCAAACGGAACAAUGGGAACAUUCCUGCGAAUUAAUGGCGAAUUGCAAUUCCGUGGCUUCCCCUAGGUCUUAUUAUAUCACGAAUUGCACCGUUCGAGAUGAUGUUAUAUGUUUAGGAUUAAGAACUUUUAAAAAGAAACUAGUUUGUAACUGGACCAGCGGCUACAAAUGGUCGACCACGUUGGCUCUGAGCAUAAUUUUAGGUGGCUUCGGUGCUGAUCGGUUCUACUUGGGCCACUGGCAGGAGGGCAUCGGGAAAUUGCUGAGUUUCGGUGGACUCGGUGUUUGGACUAUUAUCGACGUUAUUUUAAUAUCUUUGCAUUAUUUAGGACCCGCCGACGGCUCUUUAUUUAUUUAAUUACUUAGGUUAAAGUUAAGUCUUAAACAUUUGUGUUGUAAUCGUAUCGAAGUAACAGCUGAAAUUAAUGGAA